UUUAAGACAAUAAUUUAAUAUCGUGGUUUACGUUUAUCCUCAUGGUUUAAUAUAUCUAGAUCUAUCAAUCGGCGAGUGCCGAGUGGCGACUACUGGCGUCUAGCGAUACAAUUCACAGUUUCACACAAAUAGGUUUGAGUGUAUAACGUUAUUUAGGUAUUUCCAGAAUACAUUCCCGUAGUAGUAGUAGUUUUGUUGACGUUUUUUACCUACCAGGCUGCUAGUGGCUACCACAGAAUUUCAUUAAUUGUGUUUUUAUACUAGCCACUUGGCACGUUUGUAUUUUAAUUUCAAAAAUCACACUUCAAGGGAAAAAUACACUCACAAACAUGGCUGAGGUAGAGGCUGUUCAUCAAUCAGAUGAAUUUCCAAAAGUUGAAAACAAACAACUAAACGAAACUGAAGAAGCUGUUGCAAUGAUGCGAUUAGACGAUAAACAUUAUUUAGCGAAUAAAUGGACACUUUGGUUCUAUGAAAAAAAGAGUAAAAUUUGGGAAGAAGAUAUACAGGAAAUAUCUAGUUUUGAUACUGUUGAAGAUUUUUGGUGCUUAUUCAAUCACAUUAAACGUCCAAGUCAACUUUCAUGGCAUAAUGAAUACAGCUAUUUUAAGUAUGGAAUCAAACCACAUUGGGAUGAUGAAAAAAAUAGUGCUGGUGGACGUUGGUUAUUGCAGUUACCACCUUUAAGAAAAUGCAAUCUUGUAGAUGAAUAUUGGAAACAAAUAAUGAUGAGUAUAAUUGGUGAAGUAUACGAGAGUUCUGAAAUUAAUGGCGCUGUAGUUAGGGUACAAAGCACAAAAACUAAAAUAUCAGUAUGGACAAGCAAUGCAUCCAAAAACAAUGGGAAUAAAAUUAUGGCUAUUGGAAAGAAAAUUAAAAAAGUUUUGGGUGCUCAACAUACAAAUUUGUAUUACGAAGCUCACACAGAUAUAGCAAGCAAACGAGGAUCAUACACAAAAAAAAUAUUUAUGAUAUAAAUUAUCUAAAUUGAAAAAGAAAUGUUUUAAAAUGUUUAAAACAA